AUGGUCUCUGUUGCUAUUCUCGGUGCCGCUGGUGGUAUUGGCCAGCCCCUCUCUCUCCUCCUCAAGCUGAACGCCAAGGUGACCAAGCUGAACCUGUACGAUAUCGUGAACGUCCCGGGUGUUGCCGCCGAUAUCUCGCACUGUUGCCACCAACUCGCAGGUGGAGAGCUCGACGCUGCCGUCACUGGCAUUGACCUCGCCAUCAUCCCCGCUGGCGUCCCCCGCAAGCCCGGCAUGACCCGCGACGACCUGUUCAAGAUCAACGCCGGUAUUGUGCGCACGCUGGUCGCUGCCAUCGCUGCCAACAGCCCCAAGGCCAUCGUUGCCAUCAUCUCGAACCCCGUGAACUCGACCGUGCCCAUCGCCGCUGAGGUCCUGAAGGCUGCCGGCGUGUACGACCCGAAGCGCCUGUUCGGUGUGACCACCCUUGAUGUGGUGCGUGCCUCCCGGUUCGUCAAGGACGUCAAGGGCGAGGCCGAUGCUGCGGAGCUCCGUGUGCCGGUUGUUGGCGGCCACUCGGGCAACACCAUUGUUCCUCUGCUGUCGCUGGCCCAGCCUGCUGUUGAGCUGUCGGAGAAGGAGGUUGCUGAUCUGACCCACCGGAUCCAGUUCGGCGGUGACGAGGUCGUGAAGGCCAAGGAUGGCGCUGGUUCGGCCACUCUGUCGAUGGCGUACGCCGGUGCGCGGUUCGCCGACUCGGUCAUCCGUGCUCUGGGCGGCGAGACCGUCGUUGAGCCCACCUUCAUCUCGCUGUCGGCCGAUGCUGAGGGCGCCAAGGAGAUCCAGGCCCUGGGUGCUGGCGAUCUGGAGUUCUUUGCUGUGCCGGUCGAGCUCGGUACCGAGGGUGUCAAGCGGAUUGUGCCCCUGGGCAAGCCCAACGACUAUGAGCUGGCGGCCAUCAAGGUCGCUGCCGAUGAGCUCAAGGACAGCAUUGCCAAGGGCGUCGAGUUUGGCCGUGCCUAA